AGCACUCCGGCUCGGCUCAGGCGCGCACGUGAUCUGCUCGCGCGAGUCCCACCCGACGCUUGGGAGCCGUCCUUCGCAGGCGCGCGUACUUCUUCCACGGGACGGCUGUCAACGACCUGGCGUGCGUGCGACUGGCGCACACUCGCGAACGGGGAUGUGACCUCAACCGACUCGUCGCACAAUUGCCCGGCAGUGCACGUGCAACUGGUUGUUUGCCUACGCGUCGUGCUGCUGGCAGCCCCCUAGGAUUCGCCUGUGAUCUCCUGCUUGCGUGUCUGUGUGUGCGUGCGCGUGUGAUUCGCCUUGCGGCCAGAGUCUCCGUGCCGUCCGAGUGAAGAUUGAACGCGGCCACUCGUGAAACUCCUCAGCCGGUGUCUUCGAAGGAUUACGCCCGUUGGAGUGACCGGUGGCGAUAUCGUGGGGCCGCUUGGCGGUCGAGAGCCCGUGCGUCGUUCAUGCGGAACGACAAAAAAUGUGGAUUUGCUGCCCGUGACAGAGCAGCGGACUACGCGCCGUCCGUCACCGGGGCACCUUCCUUCUCAUGUUCGACGACUCAUGCGGGUUGCCAGGCGCUGCGAAGAGUUCCCGGCCAAGGACUGCCCUGGACGUCAGCGCUAACACGACAUGGUCACGCCCCCUGCUCCCUAGGACAGCCGCAGUUUGUCUCUACCGGUGCCAUGAGGCUGCGCAGCCGCACGGCGGCGCUCCUGCUGCUGGUGCUGGUGGUGGCGUGCAUCGCCGCCUUCCUGCCGACGCCGGUUGCGGCACGACGAGGCGGUGGCAGCGGUGGCUCCCUCUACAAGACGGCGUACGCGUGCGAGGGCAGCCAGCUGGGCUUCUCGUGCCCCGAGGGCCAGCUCAUCUCGCUCAUCCGCGCAAACUACGGCCGCUUCUCCAUCUCCAUCUGCAACGAGCACGGUACGCUCGACUGGAGCGUCGACUGCAAGUCCAACCGCUCCUACAACGUCAUCCGAGACAGCUGUGGUAUGAGGAGGAAGUGCAGUCUUCCGGCUUCGACCGAUGUCUUUGGUGACCCCUGCCCCGGUACCUUCAAGUACCUCGAAGCGCACUACCAGUGCAUUGCAGAGUCCCCGACGACGCCGUCGAGCACGACGCCGUCUACGACGUCGACCACCACGACGACGUCGCGGCCGCUGAUCAUCAUCCCGGCGACCCAGUUCCAGAGGCCGCCCCCGCUGCUGCCGACGCCGACGUCUCAGCCCCCGUCGACGUGGGAGCCGCCGGGGGAUGCCGGUCGACACCGGGCCCCGUCCUCGACCGGAAGGCCGCCGCUGUCUUCGAUCCCGGAGACGGCUAGCGAAGCGCACAGGGUGGCCAGGCCUUCUGCGAGGCCGGAGGUGCCUGGUGCCGACGAGUUGGCGACGACGACGAACAGCCCUUGGUCGACGACCACGGUGUUCACGUUGCAUCGCGCGCCUCCGUCGCCCAGAACCCAGCCGACCGACGGCUACGACAUCUGGGGCGGCAGCUGGGGUUCGACCACCGAGCGCAGCUUCGACUCGCCGCACCUGGGACGAGGGAGGUUCCAGGACCCGGACAGGGCGAGCGGUGUCCCGUCCUACCUCCACAGGGGCUACUGUCCGCCCAUGCAGUCCAGGAGCAGCUUCUGGAACUGGACACGUGCCGGCGACACGGCCGUCCAGAGGUGCCCCGGGGGCGCCAUAGGUCACGCUAGGUGGCGGUGCCUGCCUGGCAGCCCGCCGUACUGGGAACACGACACUCCCAACCUGAGCGCCUGCUACUCCGCCUGGAUGGAGAACCUCAAGUCGAGGGCCGAGGACGACGACUCGGUGGUGAGCCUGGCCGUGGAGCUGGAGGUGAUCACGCGCACCAAGACGCUUUUGGGCGGUGACAUCGCCCAGACGGCGGGCGUCAUCCAGAGGCUACUGGCGAGGAUGACGCGACGACUGGACGACUUCUCGGACGAGAGACGCCGCUUCCAGGUCGUCAAGGAACUGCUGCAGUCUACGGUGGAGAUCAGCAGCAACCUGCUGGAGGACUACCAGCGCGACUCGUGGCUCGAGCUUCCGCCACGCGAGCGCCGACACGUGGCCGGGGCUCUGCUCCAAGCGCUGGACAACUCGACCUGGCUGCUGGCGGACACCAAGAACGCCGCGUUCCGCUUCUCCAGGGCGCACGGCAACGUCCUGGUGUCGGUGCGGCUGGUGGAGACGUGGGCUGCCUCCGAGAUCCGGUUCCCGGUGCACGAGGACGUCCACGGCACCGUCUGGAUGCGCAUGCAGGACACGCUCGUGUUCCCGCCGCAGGCGCUGCUCGGCAGCGCGCGAAACGGCGUGGUGAAGCUCGUGUUCAUGGCGUACCGCAACAUCGAGGACUUCCUGGGCCCCGACGUGGCCUCGAGCACCGCCGGAGUGGAGGCUACCGAGCGGAUCAUCAACUCGCGCGUCAUCGCCGCCUCGGUGAACAGCAGGCACCUGAUGAAGCUGCACCAGCCCGUCCUCAUCACCUUCCAGCACCGCGAGGUGGAGAACGUGACGAACCCGAGAUGCGUCUUCUGGAGCUUCGACGAUGAGGAGUGGCUGACCGAGGGCUGCUGGCUGAAGGAGACCAACGAAACGCACAGCGUCUGCGCCUGCAACCACCUGACAAACUUCGCUCUCGCCAUGGAUCGCAGGCCGCCCGAGUUCACGUUGACUGAGCAGAAGAUGCAACUGUUCGUCUACGCGUCGUUCGCGACAUGCAUGAUUCUGCUCAUCGCCGCUGGUUUGACUCUGCAAGCCUUCAGGUCCCUGAAGGGCGAGCGGGUGACGAUCCACAAGAACGCGUGCCUGUGCCUGCUGCUGACCGAGGCGCUGCUGGCCAGCGGCCUGGGCGGUCACCCCCAGCGGGUGGUGUGCGGAGUGCUGGCCGGGUUCCUGCACUACUUCUGGCUGGCCGCGUACUUCUGGGCGCUGCUCGAGGGAUUCCAGCUGUACACCGUGCUCCUGGACGUGCUCGGCACCGAGCCACCCUCCUCCAGGCUACGAUGGUACUACCUGCUGGCGUAUGGCGCGCCGGCGGUGAUCGUGUGCGUGUCGGCCGGCAUCAGCCCUUCCAGCUACGGGGCGCUGCCGCCGCUGGGGCCGUCGCUGCUAUCGCGCAAGGCAUGCUGGAUCGACAUGGAGGGACACCAGCUGUGGAGCUUCGUCGGCCCCGCCGCCUUCUGUGCUGCGCUGUGCCUCAUCUUCCUGGCGAUGGUGUUCUGCAAGGCCCACCGGCAUGUCGACCUGCACGCCACCCUCAAGAGCAAGGAGCAGGAGAGGAUAGCCAACACGAGGUCCCUGAGCGCGCACUCUUUGCUGGUGCUGGUGUCUCUGUGCCUGGCCAGCUCGUUCGCUCAGCUCCACGUGUCGCGCGGCUCGCUGGUGCACACGAGCCUCUUCUCCGUCCUCAACGUCCUGCUGGGACUCGCAGUACUCGUAUUCUACUGCCUCAGCAACGACAAGGUGAAGCGUGCCGUGUGCCGGCGCGUGCCUUGGUGCCGUCUGCCGGGUUCCCGGUUGGGCGGCGCCAGCGCUGCCGGGGCCGGCGGAGCAGGCGCCCCCCAGGACCCGGCCUCGGCGGGGCACCACCCGGGCCUCUUCAUGCACGCCAACGGCAUGCUGGUGCCCUAUAGUUCUACCCCGCAAUCUUGGAGCUCUCUGAAGGAGCACGAGUCGUCCGAGGUCACACAAGACGCAAGGAACCAUGCCACACAAGGUCUCCCAUCUAUAGCCACGGUGACGAACAACUACCCCUGUGAAGAGCACCCGUUGCGGAGCUGGAUCUGCAACGCCUGGCCUCCUCCGGCAGCGCAGCAGGCGCCCCCGCCGGACUGCCUGCCUUACACGGCCGCCCAGUGGCCCCCUAACCAUCACAACCCGCGCAGCAACGCCAGCGAUGACGGCUCUUGGAAGCCGCCGGACCCGUAUUCGCGCAACGACCACGUGUACGAGACCAUCGACGAAGACGCCGCCGCGCAGCACCACUCUCAGUCGGGCGACGGCUGGCGCACGCAACCGCAUCAAGUGGGGGCGCGUCACGUCCCCAAGCAGGGUGGUAGCUACCGGUCUCUGGGCCGGGCAGCCAUGCUGAACAGCGUGGUGGCUCCCGCCCCGGACAGGACCAUCCUGGGCUCUCUGACGGCGGCCCUGGCUUCGUCGCCCAGGGCGCGGCACCUGCCCAUCAUCGGAGACUCCUGCCUGAGGCAGCAAGUCGCCUACUCCGGCAUCAAGAGCCCGUCGGACUCUGAGAGGUCUUCGAGUUCGCUCAUGGACGAAGAGAGGACGGAGUCUUCGGCCACACUAGCGCUAGAAGACCGGGGCCGCGGCGUCUGGUCCUCCGAAACCUCGCAGCACGGUUCGGAUGUGUUUGUGCGCGAAGGAGUUGAGCACUUUUAAUCGGACGACAUUAGUAAACUUGGCACGCGUCUUCAUCCGCUACCGUGUGGCUGUGCUCAUCAAAGCUACUUACAGUUUUGGCGGCAGCUAUGGUCGUCGCAAGGGUGUCAAUGAAAAUGCCGCGCGCUUCAAAUACCGCGCUCAUUGUGAGGACUUCUUCGAUGUGCAUUCGCUGAAAGUGCUGUUGUCGCCAGCAUUUUCUGGCAAACGUUGGUAUCACGGAAGUUUGGGUUUACACCGACAUGGCAUGGAAUGUCGCCCACUGUAGGUGACCACCGUCGGCAAGGGAAAAGUGGAACCUCAACUUUCUCGUCGAGAGCUUCUCCAGUGUGCGGGAAUGUGCUUGUUGAUCUUGAAGCGGACAUCUAUGUGUGCGCAUAUAUUUAUUGUAAAAAAAGAAAAAAACAUAGGGAAGCGACACGAGUCAUCCAUGACAUUUAGUAUCGUGCUCAUAGUGGACCCAUUGUCUCCCGCGCAUUUGUUAGGUGGCCUGACGAAGAGUAAAAACAUGUUGUUUGCUCCAGAACUUUGCCAUCGAGACACACCUGCAUAUCAAAGACAUUGCUGCCCCUUUGGUGUAAAAACUGUAGUGACAUGGCUGUUUUCAUGUGGACUGUGCGUGAAUAUCUGUGUUUGACAUUUCUUCUCUGCUGCACAAUUCUUGUGUGCCAGUUUUCCAUGUGCGUCGAGCGUCAUUGAUAUCAGUGGAGCCAUCUAUUUCACGUGUCGCAGGUUACGUUCUCGUGGCAAUGUUGUCGUGUAAGUCUGCGUGAUUAUCUCUCAGUGCAUAUUUGCUGUGUCACUUGUCGCCAGGAUUCUCGACGCAUCUGGAAAUCGAGCUUAUGCCACGCGUCGUAAGUAACACAAACGUGGUGGGGCUGCUCUGUCAAGAUCUUGUGCUGCUACUCCCAUCUGCCCUUCCAUGCAGAAAUUAUGCGACCCUACAAAGAUUCUGGCAUAACAUCUUCAUCAAUCGCUCUUAAAGGGACACUAAAGAGAAAAAAAUACAGUAUUUGAGGUGUGCUAGUAAAUUACCCUUCCACAAUACCAAAACAGGCACUCUUAUUACUGCCAGACGACGUCAGAAAAUAUGCAAAAAAAAAAACGUAUAACUGGUGGGUGACCAACUGUCCCUGAUGUCACGGAUUUCGGCACUGUCUCCUUGCGUCUAGUUUUUAUUGGUAAAAAUUGAACUACAUUGUGCUCGACAUUAGCCAAUGAGUGAACUUAGGAAGUUUCCAGAACUUUCACUUAACCACGAUGGCCGAAAUGUGAUAAAAUACUUUGUCAUCCCUGACGUCAACAGUAACGUACUGGCCCUGUGGUUUAGCGCGAAAAAAAUUUUUGACCGCGAUUUUUCGCUUCUAAUAAUCAACCUAUUACCGCGAAAUCAACGAAAGUGCAGUUCUUCAAGAAUACUUUAUUAAUCUAAGCGGAUUCAGUGUUUGGUUUCUCUUCAGUGUCUCUUUAAAUAUCUCUCGGUUCUCUUUCUAAACCUCGAAGAAAUGUGAAAAUCAAUUUCGGCAUUAUCUUUACUGCGAAUUCUGUGCACUGGCUGCUCAGGUUUAGUGUUAGAUCAGACACUGUGUAUCGUGACGAUGAUUCGUACUUGCUAAUAAUGCAUGGAACAGCACACACCAUGGGCUUACUGUGUUGCCUACGGGGCGUCGCAGAAACACUGCCCGCCGAGCGGCUGUAAUGUACCAUAUCAAAACUGGCAGUUUGUUCGGCCUCAAAUUCAACCUGCUUGCAGAGGCAAGAAGUGCUCAUUAUACUGUUCGUGUGGUCAGCACCGUGACACUUGUGUGCGCCGGAUGGUGCGCCGAAGAAUUUCCAUUUUUGUAAGUGUAAUAACUAUAGGUGUAACCUUUCUGGCACUGAAUGUGCCGAGUCGCGGGAGGAGUGAGUGGUUAGCUGACUGGUGCGCUUCCUCGCGUGUUCUUGGAGUGCGUACAUGCGUUUUUUUUUUUUUAAGGAGAUCGUUCUCUUUAUGUUUUUUUUAUGUAUUUAAAACUUCACGCGCACUGGCAUUCUUAAGAGGGCGCAGUAUUCGUGAUAUUUUCGCUAUGGUUAUGAUGAUCCUUGAGACUUUUAGUCACAGUUUGCUUUUUUCUUACCUUGAUUAUCACGAUCUUUUACAGAAACUUGCAGUUGUAUGUGCAGGAAAAAAAGCUAUUCGCCGGAAAUUAUCAGGCACAGUCGCAGCGUGAAACUCAAUUCUUGGUUGCAUAGGGAUUAAGUUGUUGCCAAAUGCAGGAGCACAUUUCUUAUUGUGCGAAUGCAAGAGGUGGGAACAAAAAUAGAUCAAUUGAAGGACGUUUUCAGGUGAUUCAGCUUGACAGCGGCAGUUUAACAUGUAGCCGCGAUAGCAGGACUACCCGCCGGGGUGGCUCAGUCAGCUAAGGCGUUGCGCUGCUGAGCACGAGGUCGCGGGAUCGAAUCCCGGCCCCGGUGGCCGCAUUUCGAUGGAGGCGAAAUGCAAAAACGCCCGUGUGCUUGCGUUGUAGUGCACGUUGUAGUGCAAGAACCCCAGGUGGUCAAAAUUAAUCCGGAGCCUUCCACUACGGCGUGCCUCAUAAUCAGAACGGGUUUUGGCACGUAAAGCCCCAGAAAGAAGAAGAAUUGCGAUAGCAGGAAUGCACCAGCUGUGGAUUUAAGAAUCUAUAAUAGUCGCACGCAAGUAUCGCGCAUUCAGGUGCGCUUGAAACAUCUUAGUGUUAUGGCCAAAUAUAUGGAAAUCUGCUGGCGAGUCUCAGGAUGCAAUACUCAUGUCGAUAAUUUCAUCAUGCUGCGCCCUCCUUAGGUGAGACCGACGCUCCGCUCGAAGUCGCUAGUCAAGUGUAUCUACCCAGUUUUAAAACUCGCGAAAGCAAGCUACAGCCUUUUCUUUUCAUCAAAUAAAAUGCGUGAAACGCAGGACGUUUUUUUACGUCGAGGCGUGACCCUCAAGGAAUGUUUUCCUCAUCGGACGAGUCAUUUUAGUUUCGAUGAGCCUUUGAUGGUCUAUACGUGCUCUUGACGCCUCAGUACGAGUCAGAAGUGCUUUUGUACAUUGAAUUCAAUACUCGAUUGCCGGGAUAUUUCACUCGACGCAGCCGCGAGUCUUUCGAGGCAAAUAUUCAGGGUCAAUCUCUCGAAGUUGUCGAAGUGGUUGUUCCGGUCAAAAUGGUGUCUGUAAGAGUAAGAGCUUUAAUGAUAUCGGUGGCUCUACCGGCAAUGCUGAUAAGAUUGCUACACUGCUCAUACCGGACUCAGCCUUUUGGAUGUUCGUGUAUUUGUAUCUGCCUGGUGCCAGAUCGCGAAACGUCACGCAUUAACUGCGUGGAGAAACUGCAGUUUCAAACAUUCUCUUCGGUGACCUCGUAGAACGUGAAACGAACGUUUCACGAUCACAUUCGCUGCUGCUUAAUGGAUGUAGAAAUUUUGUUUACCUGGUGGAACGAUUUUGUUGCACGUGAGAAGAAAAUAAAAUGUUAGCAUUUGCUAAUUCAACCUAACAACUUCUGAUUUGGUCGCAGGUGUCUAGAAGUAAAAUUUGGUUAGACUUUUUCCUCAUAUUUUAAAUGGUUAUGCGUAAAUCAUCGAAGUUCACGAAUAACCUACUUGAACUCAAUAGAAAGCCGCCACUUCGGUUAAACUUGGCUGGAACUACCAGCCCACACACUACCGCGGAGUUCUCUUUUUCACUGGCUUAAGAAAGGCAGAAGUCUUUCCAAGAUUGUGCCAAUAUAGGUUGGUCACUUAUAUUGUGUAGAAGUCAUCAUCGAACGAAACAUUUAGAAGCAGCCGGCCACGCCCUUGUGGCCAAGCAGUUAUAUAUAUUCUUUUCAUCGCGACUCCUUUCUCUGUGUGUUUGAUAUCUUAAUUGCGCUAGCUUUGGAAAACUCGCAAAGAAAACUCUCGGAAGAAGCAAAAGACCGUGAACUUUGGCAACGGCAGCGCUUUUAAUUGUGCUGUUGCACAACUAAUUAACGAAAAAAAGCGAAUAAUUUAUUCUUUUAUUGUUAGCUAAUCAUUGGGUACUUGGUGUCAUAUAAACACUUGUGAUAAGCAUCCCUCACGAAGGUUAGGGAUCAACACAUGCCUAUUAACUUCGAAAGUUUUUUUCUGCGGCCUUUUCGUGGCAUACUGGUUCCGUCGAAGCCUAUGUUUCUCUUGAUACGACGAUUCACUUUGCCACGGCAUGUCUUUUCCCCCCUCGAAACUGUGUAUUCUGCCUGGUUAUAUGCGAGUGAAAAACCGAGGCAUCCUCUCCAUCAAAGUUCUUACUUUUUUACGCUGUUUUUAUUGAGUUUGUAUCAAUGAACGAUUUUAACACGAAGUAAAAUUUUAUGCUGUGUUUUUUUUUAUUGCAUAGUUUCUUGAGGAGACGUACGAAACAAUAAAGAGAGACCCCUUUGUGAUCCCUUCCUUUACGACGGAGCUGGAGGCGUCGCUUGCACUCACAGUGGUUUUUAAUGUGCGCGCGUGCGUGUAUGUGUAUCUGUGUACCUCUUGUUACGCGGUGUGAGGUGUAUUGUUGUUCUCUGCGGUGUAUGUUUGUUUGUUUUCUUCUCGAAUGUUACGAUGGAAUUGAUUUACAAGCUUAGAUAAUUAAGUAAAUAAAAGCAAAGCCAAAACGCU